AUGAUCCAUUUGGAUGAGAAUCACUGGCUUGUUAGGAGCAUUCUAAACUUCUUUGUUGUUUACAAAUACGUUGUGAUGAUAGGAAUACCUCUGAUCUAUCUCUUGUGUGUUCUUCAUGUUUUUUUCACGAAUUUCUGUAAGAGACAGAGUAAUCAAAUCGAAAACAACAGUGGUGCCAUCGAAAUGAUAGAUAGACAGGAUCAGCCGCCAGUUUGA